AAUCAUGCUUUUGUCUAUUUCUGCUGCCCAGGAGUUUGAGAUGAGUCUCUGGGGACUUUUAUGGACUACUUUUUUUUUAAAUUAAUUAAUUUAUUUUAUAUUUGGCUGUGUUGGGUCUUCGUUGCUGUGCUCAGGCUUUCUCUAGUUGCGGAGCAGCAACCAAGCUGGACGGAUGACCUGCCGCUCUGCCACCUCUCUGGAGUUGGCUCAGCCUCCAACCGCAGCUACUCUGCUGAUGGCAAGGGCACUGAGAGCCACCCACCAGAGGACAACUGGCUCAAGUUCAGGAGUGAGAACAACUGCUUCCUGUACGGGGUCUUCAACGGCUACGAUGGCAACCGGGUAACCAACUUCGUGGCCCAGCGGCUGUCUGCGGAGCUCCUGCUGGGCCAGCUCAGCGCUGAGCACACUGAGGCCGACGUGCGGCGGGUCCUGCUGCAGGCCUUCGAUGUGGUGGAGAGGAGCUUCCUAGAGUCCAUCGAUGACGCGUUGGCAGAGAAGGCGAGCCUCCAGUCCCAGCUGCCUGAGGGCGCCCCUCAGCACCAGCUGCCCCCUCAGUAUCAGAAGAUCCUCGAAAGACUCAAGACGUUGGAGAAGGAGAUUUCGGGAGGAGCCAUGGCCGUGGUGGCGGUCCUUCUCAACAACAGGCUCUAUGUCGCCAAUGUCGGUACGAACCGUGCGCUUUUAUGCAAAUCCACGGGGGAUGGUCUUCAGGUGACACAGUUGAACGUGGACCACACCACGGAGAAUGAGGAUGAGCUCUUCCGGCUCUCACAGCUGGGUUUGGAUGCAGGAAAGAUCAAGCAAGUGGGCGUCAUCUGUGGGCAGGAGAGCACCAGGCGCAUUGGGGACUACAAGGUCAAAUACGGCUACACUGACAUCGACCUACUCAGCGCUGCCAAGUCCAAGCCCAUCAUCGCGGAGCCUGAAAUCCACGGUGCACAGCCCCUGGAUGGGGUGACUGGCUUCCUGGUGCUGAUGUCUGAGGGGCUGUACAAGGCCCUGGAGGCAGCCCACGGGCCUGGGCAGGCCAACCAGGAGAUUGCCGCCAUGAUCGACACGGAGUUCGCCAAGCAGACGUCCCUGGAUGCAGUGGCCCAGGCCGUGGUGGACCGGGUGAAGCGCAUCCACAGUGACACCUUCGCCAGUGGCGGGGAGCGUGCCAAGUUCUGCCCAAGGCACGAGGACAUGACCCUGCUGGUGCGGAACUUUGGGUACCCCCUGGGAGAGAUGAGCCAGGCCGCACCCACCCCAGCCCCAGCUGCAGGAGGACGCGUGUACCCCGUAUCAGUGCCUUACUCAAGCGCCCAGAGCACCAGCAAAACCAGCGUGACCCUGUCCCUCGUCAUGCCCUCCCAGGGCCAGCUAGUCAACGGGGCCCACAGCGCCUCCACCCUGGACGAAGCCACUCCCACCCUCACCAAGUAUAGGAUUCCCUGGCGGUCCAGUUUUAAGGUAUAGGAUUCCCUGGCGGUCCAGUGGUUAGGACUCCGUGCUUGAAAGCAGAGGACCUGGGUUCAAUCCCUAGUUGGGGACUAAGGUCCCACAAGACGUGUGGCACAGCCGGAAAAGAAAAAAAAAGUAUAAACCCAUGAGGAUGGGGCAAGCAGGACAGGAGGCAAAUGAGUGCAAUUUUGAAGCUGGAAAGUAAACGUAGAGUGACGGCUGACUUAACGGACUCGGGCUUCCCUGGCGGCGCGGUGGUUUGAGAGUCCGCCUGCCGAUGCAGGGGACACGGGUUCGUGCCUCGGUCCGGGAAGAUCCCACAUGCCGCGGAACGGCUAGGCCCGUGAGCCACGGCCGCUGAGCCUGCGCGUCCGGAGCCCGUGCUCCGCAACGGGAGAGGCCACGGCGGUGAGAGGCCCGCGUACCGCAAAAAAAAAGGACUCAGAAAAGCCACAUGCCAGCCAAGCAGGGUGGCAGCUAAGCCCCAGCAUGAUUUACCCCACAGGACCGCCAAGGGCUCAGCCUGAGCUGGCAGCCCCAAGUGGGGGUAGUGGAUGGAGGUGAAAUAAGGAGCAGUCAGACCCCCAAAUCCCCUCCCAGAGCUGCUAGGUAGUCACCCUCCCCCACCCCAGCAGGAAACCAGAGGCAUUCUCUGGCAACGGUAAACCAGGGGUCCCUGGCCUGGGGAUAGGGGCAUUGUACUGAAAACAGGGAGCUGAGAGUCAGGGGCUUCUGAGUCUGGGGUCCCACCCUUGUCUCCUGUCCUGCUCCCAGCGACAGCCAGGCCUUUACCCUCCAGGCAGGACACUGAAGGUGCUCUCUGGAGAUUCGAAUCCUCCCAAGAACAAAGUCCCAAAAAUACUGACAUGGGGGGGGGAUCCCCAGCAAGUGCCCCCCAAGCCUCCUUUCAGCAAGAUCAAGUGUCUGUCCUAACACACCCUGAGGGAGCAGCCGUCUCUUCGACAAAGUAUCUAGGACUCUGGUAGAUAAGGUAAAAAAGACAAACAGAACCAGCCUUUACCAUAUGACCGAGCAAUUCCACUCCCAGGAUAUGGAAACAUGUCCACACAGAAUUUAUCCACAAAUGUUCAUAGCACCAUUGCUUAUAACAGCCAAAAGGCAGAAACAACCCAAACAUCCCUCAGUGGGUGAAUGGAUAAGCUAAUGGUGGUCUGUGCAUACAAUGGAAUAUUAUUCAGCCAUAAAAAGCAACGAAGCCCUGAUAGAUUCUAUAAAAUGGAUGACCCUUGAAAACAAUAUGCCCAGUGAAAGAAGACAGGCACAAAAGGUCAUGUAUUACAUAAUUCCAUUUAUAUGAAAUGUCCGGAAUAGGCAAAUCCGUAGAGACAGACAGCAGAUUAGUGGUUGCCAGGGGCUGGGGGAGGAAGGAAUGGGCCUGAUUGCUCAGUGGAUACGCCGUGUUUUUCUGGGGUGAUGAGAAAGUUUGAAACUAGAGAGAGGUGGUGGUUGUCCAAUGUAAACACCCCAGGGACCACAUAGAAUUGUACACUUUCACAUGGUUGAGUGUAUGUUAUGUGAACUUUAUCUGAAUUAAAAACAAACAAGUAAGAGAACCGGCCAAGGCUUCUGAGCUCCAAGUGCCUCCUCUAGACUCGCAAAGCACCUGGAUUAACCCGCGAGGGUUAUGUUUCCAGCAGAGAGAGAAUUCAAACCACAAACGCCAUGCUGGAUUCCGUAGUGGUCACGCUCAAAAAGUGAAAAGAUACAAGUGAAAUUGAUAAGGACAGAGUAAAGGGACAAAGUAGGUGAUUAAAUAGUUAAUCCCAAUAGGGGACUGUAAGUAAAGAAAAAAAGUGUGGGAGACCCCUGUAAGUUAAUGAUAACUCAAGAAAGCAGGUUUGCUUAACCACAAAACCAAGCAGGCUUGCUUAGCAACAAAACCAUGCAACAGAAGCAUGAGAUGCCCCAAAACAAUAAAACAAUGGUGGCAGGAGACCCACAUCCUGCCCAGUGAGCUCAGUAAGUUAAUGAUUCCCAGGACACACUCCUCUGUGUGCGCUAACAAAAAUAUAAGGGUGACAUUAUACUGAAACCUGAGAUGAUUUACCGUAUUUUAGGAUAUGUUAUCACUUUUUGCCCAUUUCUGUUGCACCAUGACAGUCCCAGCUUGACCAUGGAGGGACAAGAAAACUCCCCCACCUGACGUGGAGGAGGAACUGAUGAUGGAAGCUUGACAUCUACUCAAGAGUGAGGAAGAAGGUGGUCUUCUCUCCUCACUUUUCCUUUGAUUAUAAAACUGUAGCCCACUAAGUUCUCGGGGCGUGGCACCCUCUGGCCCACCCGCUUGUAAGCCUCACACGUUCUAUUCUAAUAAGUCACUUCUUAUCUAUCACUUUGCCUCUUGCUGAAUUCUUUCUGCCCCGAGACAUAAAGAACCAGAGCUCCUUGGAGCCCCCAAGACGCAUUGCUGGGGUUUCCAAAUUAAUUUUAGUACUCUACUUCCUUUAACCCAGCAUAGCCAAAAUAUUAUCAUUUCAACAUGCAAUCAAUAUAAAAACUACUAAUGAGAUGGUUCUUUCAUGCUAAGUCUUUGAAACACGGGUGCCUUUACCCGCACAGAGCAUCUCAAGUACAGGAAGGCUGGCCGAGUUCCUGCACUUCAUAGCCACUCGUGGCACAUGGUCACCCCAAUAGGACGGCGUAGCUCUAGAGAGUCUCAAACUAGAGUCUCGGGACAUAAUUUGCAGAGUAUGAGAGUUUUCAAAUUAAAACUGUGAAUUAGGGACUUCCCUAGUGGCGCAGUGGUUAAGAAUCCACCUGCCAAUUGCAGGGGACACGGGUUCGAUCCCUGGUCCAGGAAGAUCCCACAUGCCGCGGAGCAACUAAGCCCGUGUGCCACAACUACUGAGCCUGCGCUCUAGAGCCCGUGAGCUACAACUACUGAAGCCUGCGCGCGUCUAGAGCCCGUGCUCCGCAACAACAGAAGCCACCACAAUGAGAAGCCCACGCACUGAAACGAAGACCCAACGCAGCCAACAAUAAAUUAAUUAAUUUUAAAAAGAACUGUGAAUUAAAAACAAAUUGACGAUAAUCCUAUUUAGGAUCAUCUGAGCAAUCACCUAAAAAUAAGUCCUAAAUUAAACAUAGAAUUACCACAUGAUCCAGCAAAUCCGUUUCUGGGUGCACACCCAGGAGAAGAGAAAGCAGGGACUUGAACAAUUAUUUAUACACCAACGUCCAUGGCAGCAUUAUUCACAGUAGGGAAAAGGUGGAAACAACCCAUCGAUGGAUAAAAUGCCUAUUGACGAUGAAUGGAUAAGCGAAAUGUAUCCACACAGUGGGAUAUUAUUCAACUUAAAAAGGAAGGAAAUUCUGACACAGGCUACAACACAGGAACCUUGAGGAUUACACUAAAGAGAAAUAAGCCAGCCACAAAGACAAAUACUGUGUGUCUCACUCCUAUGCCGUACUUAGGAGUCAAAUUCAUGGAGACGGAAGGUAGAA